GCCACCACCUUGCACCACCUCACAGUGAUACGCGUACAACAUUGUCGUGUACUGUCGUGAUACAAAAAUUAUACUGUGUGUCAAGCAAUAUUUGCAAUAUGUUAUUGUGUACAUAGUGCUUGAUAAAAUAAACUGUCAAUGAAUUACAGCACAAUAUAAUUAUUACGUGAAUCUAAUCUACAAUAAAAUAUAUUGAAGAUAAGUGGGGUAAAAACACGGGUGACUAAACGCGCGUUCGUCAAGAUAUGGAGUGUAAUGAAAACGGAGGAUUUAUUUUGCAUAAGUAAAAAUCUUUCCGUUAUUAAAUCGAAUAAGAAUAGUUUAAGAAUAACAUUGCUGUUUAAAGAACUCAGACAAUGUCAGCGAAUUAUUUUUCAGUUUUGGAUUUGGGAUGAACCAAUUCAAUUUGAUUAUGAAAGUGAUUGGUUGAGAGUUGUAUAAAACAAUAUCUCAAAUAUUCAUAACAUAAAAAAAAGUUUAUAGAAUUACAAAGCUACUGCACAGUAAACAUUACAUCAAUUCGUACACAUUUAUUAAUGCUGAAAAUACCAUGAUUAGCAAUACGUACUUAUGGCCAGUAACUACGGGCAACUUAAUUAUUAAAUUUCUAUCUUAUUAUAAUAUUAUUUAUAAAAUUUUAUUUAUUUCAAUUGAACUUUAAUUGGAUAAAUACGAAAUUGUAUGAAUGUCAGGAAUUGGCAACGUGGGCCGCAGACGCGUUGAGUGGCGCCGUAGCGCAAAUCUACAAAAAAUAACCAGUGUUUUUGUUUUAACUAAAAAUAAAGUAAAUAAUUUUAAAAUUUCAAGAGCAUUUGAAAUGUGUAAAAUAUAUUUAUUAAUGCAGUAUUAUUUUUAUAGUUAUUAAAUAUGUGAAAUAUCAAUACAUUGUUAACAUAGUAGUGUAAUACAUUUUGAAGAAAUAAGUAUAUAACAUAAAGUAGGAAGUAUAAAAAGGUGGCUUUUGGCUGCCGAGGAUUACGAGGUGCUGCAACGUGGGUAUGCAGCAACCUCAGACACGCCCUCUCCUCGGGGACUCCUCGGCGGUAUCCUCCACGACUUCCCCGACCGUACGACGAAAUAGUAAUAUUCAUAAUCCUGUUACUGUUCUUACUGCUCACCAAGUGCAGUUGCAACAUUUACAACAACAACUUCAACAAGCUGCUGUUCAAAACAACACCUGUGGUAAUCAAUCACUAACGUUUGCAUUACCAUCACCACAACCACCAUCCAGUAAUAAUAAACAUGAACCAAGUAACAAUUCAACGGCUGGAAAUCAUAUAGUCUAUUUAAAUCAUCAAAACACCAUAAAUUCAUCAGGUGCUGGAAUGGGUCUACCACCACCAGCAGCACCCACCUUUGGGGUGGGAAUUAAUAUGGGAUUGCCAUUGUCACUUUUGAAUACUUCACGGUUAACAUCUUUUACAUCAAAUGUUAUUACGACAUCAAAUCCUUUGCUCAACAUUGGAUUACCUAAUCCAGCAGCUCCUACUGCUGGUGGUGGUAGUGUUAUUAGUGGAAAUAAUCUUACAACCCCAGCGGACUUUAAUACAUUAAAUGCGCUCAAUUCAACAUUGAAUACAAAUUUAUCUUCAAACAGUAUUAGUGGUUGCAGUAAUAAUAACAACAAUGGUUCUGCAACUACCUGUGUUACAGGAGUUGUUCAAGAUAUUAAUAUUAUUAAUUCUGGAAUUAAUAGACUGAAUCAUAGUCUCAAUCAUACACCUAAUAUUAAUUCUGCUGCUACUGGUUGUUUAUCUGCAAUUGAUUCAAAUGUUUGCAGUCCAACGUUUACCCAUUUUAACUCCAAUUUAAAUCAAAAUUUUGCAACUAUUAAUGUUAGUGUUUCUGAAAAUAAUCAUUCCAGUACGUCUGGUUGUAAUACUGUAAGUAAUUUAAAUCAACAUAUUACAUCAGCAUCUUCACAAUCAUCUUUGUCAAAUCAACAUCAACAAGUUAAUCAAACUUUACAUCGGCCUGCAGCAGUCAGUGUAUUGACAUCUGGAUUUACAUGCAAUCCAACAAAUUCUUCAGUGAUGGCGAGCACUGCAAAUUUAAAUAACACCACUUCUACCACUACUGUUGUUACUAGUGCUCAUAAUACUAAUUUUCACCAUAAUCCAGGAAAUAAUGGCAAUGACAAUAACGAAGGAAUGCCCACAAUUUCAACAACUACUCCAACUAUAUCUACCACAGUUACAAAAUUUUCUACAAAUAAUGAUUCAGGAUCAAUCGCAAAUACAUUGAGCCAUAUUACAUCUAAUAUUGUUAGUAGUACAACACAUCAACAAGUUAGUAAUUCACCAUCUGUUUGUAAUGUAUCUACCGUACAAUCAAACUUACAAACACAAAAUGUUUGUUCACCAACAAGUCCAUUCUCUAUUCCACUCAAAAGCCCAGUUUCAAAUAUGACGGCUCCACCAACUCCAAGUCCAAGUCCGAAUAGGCUUUUGUUACAAAGUCCGGUUACAAAUUCCAUCCAGUCGCAUAAUACUAGUAAUAACAACAGUAAUAAUAAUAGUAAUAAUAGUGGUAAUAAUAAUAAUAAUAAUAAUACUAGGCACAGUCCAAGUCCUAUAACAUCUUUGAGCAACACUAAUUUCAACAUGCAACUUCAACAAAGUCCUAUUUAUCAAAGCAAUUCUCCGAUGAAUAUUGGACAAAUACAAAAUAGUCCAGUAACAAGUCCAUAUGCGCCAGCAAAAAGUCCGCAUCAUUUCAGUACAAGUACUACAAAUAUUAAUUUAAAUAAUAGUAAUAAUAACAGCAAUAGAAGUCCAGCACCACCAUCAGUAACGGUUAGGCCUAACACUCCUACAAUACCGAUACAACAAGGGAUGCAAGUUCUUCAAAUAAUUGGCACACCUCAAGCUUAUCACCAACAGACUUCAUCUCAAUUAGUAACCACAAGGACUCAUCAUAAUAAUCAUCUGUUUGGUAAUCAGCCGAUUCAAAUAACAACUACCAAACCACCGGCCAAACAACCACCACAAAUAUUACCUAAACCUCCCGCAAACCAACAAGGUAUUGCUCCAACACAAAAACAACGAGUUACCACAACUAUUACUACUAAUCAGCCUACACAACCACAAUUUGUACUUGCCACUGCUAGUCCUCAACAAAAUCAUCCCACCGCUACAGCAACUGUGAUACCAACUGCACAAGGACUUUUCUUGAAUCAAGUUCUACCAUCAACUGGACCUGUCAUUGUGCAGCCACAACCAGGUGGCCUUCAAUUAAUACUUCGGACUCCAACGAACGCCCAACAGCAAACUCAUACUGCACAGUUAACUACACAACAACAAUUAAUAAGAGUUGUAACGGCACAAGGUAUGCAACUACAGGGAAUUACUCCGACAUUUUUUGCAGUACCAAAUAAUAGUAAUUUUCCUUCACCCGUUCCAUCACCUAUAACUGUCACUCGCCACACUCCAACAACGACAACGACAACCACAACGAUUAGUCCUGGUGUACCUGCUAAUUCAAAUAAUAGUAAUAAUCAAAUUCUUAUGCAAAAUACAGUAAUACAAAAUCCACAGUCACAGAUGAACUCUCAGAUAAAUUCUUCAACUCCUUCAUCAUCUUCGCCGUCGUGUUCGUCAAUAUCAGUAUCUACGACAUCAUUACCAUCGUCUAACAAUUUAGUGAAUCAUAUAAUAUCAACAUCACAGCCAUUACCACCAUCAUCACCUCAACAUCAAAUUCAACAACAGCAACAACAACAAAAACAACAACUUACCGUUAUUGAUCAGAAUCUUUUACCUCCACCAAAGAAAAAAGCGAAAAAACGAAAAAAAGUAAAGAAAAAAGACGAGGAUCCUCCAAAGCUUGAUUUAGCAAGUAUCAUGAAAAUUUCUGGAAUCGGUGAUGACGAUGACAUGUAUGAUACUGAUAUUGUUCCUCAAGAAGUACCGGAAACAACAUCAUCUCGACAAAUUCAAACGAUUGCUGACCAACCACAAUCCCAAACUAUUAAUCAAUUACCAACUCAUUUAAUAGGUAUCCCACAACAAUCUGUUUCGGCUGUUUCUUCAUCAACAACAUCAUCUCCAUCAUUAUCCUCGUUGACACCGAGUACCCCUAAUAUUUCUCAAAAUUCAGUUGGAAUGGAUAAUAUUGGAAAUCAGCUCGUAGCACAAUUACAAGUGCCAGUGCAAAAUACUAUUUCCGGUCAUCUUCGUUUAACUGUUAGUGAAGAUGGAAAAGUUAUUCUUCAUCAUACACCAGAACCUAAUCAACCAGAAAUGGAUCAAGCUACUACUCAAGCAUUAAUCCGAUCUCUCACUCAAGGAAUUCAAAUUGCUGUUGGAUCCACUUCACCAAAACCUGGACAAAGUACUACUGUGCAAAAUGAUCAAGUUGGAAAAACUGUGAAUCAAUCUAAUGUUAUAAGUCAACAACAGACUCUAAAUAUGGCUGUGAAAAAACCAACUCAAUUUGUUUUACAGAAUUCCUUGCCGAAUUUGAAUAUUCGAUCUAAUCCAAUUAAAUCGACUACACCACAAUCUCAACAAUCCCAACCGCAGCAACAACGACAGCAAAAUUUCCAACAACAAACAUCAGGACAAACAACAACGAACACUGCAAUUAAUCGUCAAACUCAAAAUAGUCGAUCUAUUCAACAACAAAAAAAUCAACAAGAGAGUAACGUACUACAACAAACUAAUGAACAAAUCAACCAACAGAAUAUUCAACAGAUUCCACAAUCAAUUCAAUCUCUUAAUGUACAGCCGCAAUCAAAUGAUCAGCGAUUAUUAGAACAUUUUCACAAGAUUACAUUGCCAAAUAUGCAACAUAAUUCUUUCAAUACAUUGCAACAUAAUACACCAAACACUUCUCAACUUCAAAUAGUUCAAUCAAAUGAUAAUCAAAUUCAUCAACAACAAGCCAUAAAUAUUUUAGCUCCUGAGCAAAGUGUAAUUGUUGAAGCUUCUCAGCAACAACAACAGCAGCAGCAGCAACAACAACAACAACAGCAACAAGAUUUUAUAAAGAAAGAAGUAAUGCAACAACAGCAAACACAACAGCAAUCUGUAGCAACAAUUAAUUUACCAAGUCAACACCAGUUUUACUCGCUACAAAAAGCUACUCUCAGUAAUGUUCCUUCCUCUACAAAUUCACUUCAAUAUGAUGCACAAAAAACUUCAGUUGUUAUUAGUUCUCAGCCUAAUGUUCAACAGUUACAAUUACAAUUACCCCAACAACAACAGUCACAAAAUAUUAUUUUUUCAAAUGAACCAUGUAUUAAAAAUAUAACUACAAUGACGAAUGAGACUCCACAUAAGCAAGACGUUCAUCAACGUACAGAUAUUUUAAAUUCGGCACCAACACCAGCUAAUACUAAUACGAUAAAUAAUGUUCCAAAAAUAACACCGGAAAUUCUUAGUGCUCUGAGUAAUUUAAAUCCAAAUGAUCAAUUAUUAAUUGCGAAUGCUAAUGGACAAAUGCAAGUUAUCAGUCAACAAUUUCUUCAACAAUUGUUAACAGGUCAAAUAAAUUCUUCACCUCGACAAAAUCAGACUCAAAAAAUUGUAAUUGGUGGUAGUGAUGGAAGUUACAAUAAUAAUAGUGGAGAUACAACAUCACAUGCUAAUUCUCAAGGGCUUCAUGGUAUACAAAUAAAUGCACCAACUGGUCAGAUAAUUGUUAAUAGUUCUGGAGGUGCUCCUACAAUACAAAAUAAUAUUCAAAAUAUUGUUGUACAAGCAGCACCACCAUCUCAAUUGCAUCAUUCAUUCCCAAUUCAUAAUUCUUCAUAUCCUGGUCAAUUUAUUGAUAAUUUUAAUCAGCAGCAACUAAAAAAUCUUUCUACCAAUACUACAAAUAAUAAUAACAAUAAUAAUCAACAACAAGUGCCGAGCACAAAGAAAACAAAAGUUGUUAAACGAACUAAAGUUGUUUUAACUGUUGACAAAAAUAUUGGAUUUGUGCAUGGUACAAAAUCUAAUGAAAUAGUUGUAAGUCAUCCGUCAACAGAAUUAAUAUCAAAAUCAACUGCAGUAACAACGGCAACGAUAACAACCACAGCAACUACCACGACUUUAAUGACACCGAUAACAUCUACCAGUCUUAAAUCAGAUAAUCAUCAUUCAUCAUCAAAUCCAAAUAUUACUGAUAAAAAUGAUAGCAUUCAAAUAGUUGAAAAUAACAUGAAAAAUAUUACUUCUCAACAAUCACACAUUAUUUCUACAUCAGUAGUACCAUCUUCAUCAUCUUUGUCACCACCUUUAUCAACGUCGUUACCAUUACUAAAAUCUACUAGCCCUCAAGCAGUUCAGAAGCCACGUAAAUAUAUCCAACUACCACUAGAAAAACAACAAAUGUUGAAAAAUAUACAAUCACGAAUUCAUGCCAUUUUGGAACGCAAAACACUAAAUAAUCAGAGCGAACAAUCAGCUUUGACUGUUCUUUGUCAAGAGCAUCAUAAAAUUGUUGCGAGUGGUAAAGUAAUUAGUGCACCUCCACUUUCAUCUACCACAACAACAAUAACAACUUUAACAUCAACACCAGCAACAACAGCAUUAACUACGACGACCAAAACAGCAAUAAGCACUGCAACACUAGCUGUUGCAGCUACGACAACAGCUAUCACAGCAAGUCAAUGCAAUACAUUGAUGUUAACUACCAAUAAAACUCAAAUACCUGUAUCACAGAUGCACAUGAUAAAUACAUCAAUGAAUAAUACAGCUGGAGAAUGUGUCAAUAAUGAGAAGAGUAUUGGUAAUGAUGGGGAUAAUAAUAGUAUAACAUCUAUUAUUACUACUACCAGUCAGAAUAAUUCUAAUUCUAACUUAUCAUAUACAAUAAAUCAUAAUAAACAACAGAUACUUAGUCAAGUUCUAAGUAACCGUCUGUCCGCAUUGAAUGUACAUAAUUUUUCUUCACCAAAUGUUCAUUCUUUGACUUCAAUGCAUUCUUCAAUGAAUGUUAUAAAAUCAGAUCAACAGCAACAUAGCACAAGUGUUGCAUGUACUCAGCAAUCUAUUCAAUGCCAAACUGAUGAAAUAGUAGAUGUAAAACCGAAUAUUGAAUUAAUCAGUACGGUCAAGCAGGAAUUAUUAUCACCUAUCCAACUUCAAACAACUAGUCCUAUGAAUCAUCAAAUUAUAUCUCCAAUUGAAGCUGAAGGUUCAAUUAGUCUCAGUAAUACCAAUAAUUCUAAAAAUAAUAGACAAUUUGAAAAUUUAAUUACCAGUACGGUAUGUUCGACCGCAUCAACAACGACAACCACAUCAACAAUAAUUACGAGUACAGCAACAACGAGUACUAGUACAACAGCGACAAUAGCAGUAACAACAAGUCCAAAACAAGGUGUCAAACGGCCAGCUACUAGUCCUAUAUUUCGUCAAGUUAAUAAAAUUGAUUUGUUUGAGAAACAAUUGAAAAUAGAUCAGAAUGAUGCAACUAAACCAGAUGUAAAUACUCCAUUCACUAAUAAACGAAAUGCGUGUAAACGGUUACUUAAAUAUCAUUGUUUCAAUGAACAAGUACUUAGUAUUAAAGAUCUUGCUAAAGCUGAUGAAAUAUUUGAAGAGACUGCAAAGCAUCUUUUAGGAAAAUUCCAUUCAAUGAUGAAUAAAUAUACAUAUCUACUUUUAAUGGAAAGCAUGCGAGAAGUUCGUACGUCUGAAUUAAUGAUGAUAGAUCGAACAUUUGUAGCAGAAGAACAAAACAUGUUAAAUCGAUUACGUGAACAAGAAGCAAAAGCAAACGAAGAAUUAAAAAAGGAAGAAAAGCCACUGUUUCCAAAAGUAGAAGCAGAAAUGAUGAAUGAUAUGAAAAUUUUAGCGCCAGUAGAUCCAGCAGUUCCACCAUCUCUAUUACUAUCGUCAUCAUCUUCAUCUUCAUCAUCAUCGUCAUCAUCAUUAUUAUCAAAUAUUAUUGUGAAAAAAGAACUUGAAGAUGACUUCACAAGUAUCGAUGCUGCUGACUCAAAAUUAAAUAUCAAACCUUCUAAUUGCACAAGUGGUGAUUAUGAUGAAUGGUUGGAAAUCCAAAAAGAACUUGGUGUUUAUCCAACGUGUCGAGAUUCUUCCUCAAAAACAAAAAGCUUUAAUUAUACUACUGAUAUUACUAGUGAUGUUAGUGUUGGUGAUAAAAAUAAUAGUGGUAAUAACAAUACAGGUGUUAUUGGUACGAUACCUAAAGCAGCUAAAAUACCGGAAAGGACUCGAAUUAAUGGUGAAUGUCGUAGUGGUGCCAAUUCUAUUAAUAACUGUAAUAGUAGUAGUAAUAAUAGUAAUAGUAUCAGUAAUAAAAAUAUUAGUAACAGUGCGAUGACGAGUGCUCACAAUAUGACCAGUUCUGUAAAAAAUGUUUAUGAAUCGGACUCUAUAAAAUCGGAGACAACGUUUGAAAAUUAUUGGUGCAGUGAAGCUACAGAUCUUGAGCGAGAUUUAUUGGAAGAUACGGAUAGCCUUGAAGGUUUAACUGCACUUCAAUCAGCUCAAAUCCAACAACAACAUCAACAACAGCAACAACAACAGAGUCAACAAUCUUUUUGUGAACACGAUGAUAUCACUGCACAAGUUCAAUCAGCGAUUGAUAGUAUUUUGAAUCUCAAAAAACGACCGUCAAGUUCAGUUGCUAGUAAUAAUAUUAGUAAUAGUAGUACUAAUAGUAAUAGUAGUAGCAGUAGUAGUAGUAACAGUAAUAAUAAUAGUAAUAAUAAUAAUGGUCAAUCUUUACAAAGUGGUGAUUCCAAAGACUCAGUACUUGAUCAAGCAGUCCAAAGCAUUUUGGGCUCGUGACCAACUUAUCAAAAGAAAUACAAUUUGAAUGUUAAGUUAAUCAAAUAAAUUCACGUUGUUUUCAUAAAUGUAUUAUGUUAAUGACUAACGUAUACAAUCAUGGCAAUUGCUAUACCAUAACAACACCAAUGUCUUUCACAAAACUUUAACACGAUCAUUACUUAUCAUCACAUAAAUCAAUUUUAAAAAUUUUUUUUGCAGUUUUAUGUAAAUGUAUGAUUGUUGUUAAAUACAACACAGAUCAUGAAAACAAUGAAGAUUUAUUAAAAAUAAAAUAAUAAUAACGCUAUUGUAUAAGUUAAUUUCUAAGAAAUGAUGUACAUGUGAUUGAAGGGUAGAUAUAAAAUGUAUUCACAUUCAAAAUGUAUUCUACCAGAUUGUAAUGUAAUUUUGUAAAAAGAAAC